CACUGGAAAUUGUACCCAUUCCGUUCCAUUUCCAAUAGCAGAGCCAACGCUUCACAGUCGCCAUGCUCCAAUCCCUCAAUAUCAGCCCUUUGGGAAGCCUGAAUCGCGUUCUACAGAGUUGACCGACUCCAGACCUGAUUGUUUAUGCAUUGGAUUUCGGUCAUGUUUCUGCGGAUGAACAUAACGAACCGUUUUGCACGAAAAUGAUCUCAAGAACGACCAAGCGAAACACACAGGCUGGCUUGGAAGACAUGCGAUAACUGGUCAUAACGUGCUCGUUGCCUCAUUCGUCGUUUUAUGGUGUUCAGCUACUACAACGGUUGACGUAGAUAUUCAAUGAUGAGGACUGGAGCAUUUAGCUUUCAAACGACCCCAGGAAGACCGUCCAAGGUUGCCGCGUUAAUUCCGCUCAGGAACUUUUCUCAAGCGCUGAGAGCCAUCGUUAGGUCAUAUCAUUUGAACUUCGUAUCUACAUCUUCAUUAUUACAUCGAUCGGAAGAAACUACGCCCCGUGCCUUACUGGUCCUAAUGAGGAGUCACGCCGCAGCAGACCUGGAAGGCCGCACUGAACAAAUGGGUGGAUGGUGUGCCUGUAUACUACUAGUGGAGACAAGGCAUCUUCAAUCCGUCUGGCAUACGUAUCGCUAUACGCAGAUACUAGGCCAAGACCGUUUGAUCGUCGAAGCGAGGGCAGUGUCUGUCCCCCCCGGAGAUAUGUACAAGUGCCGCACGGUCAAACAUUCCUAUCACGGAUACAGACACCGCAACGACGUUCAGCGUGGUUGCAAUUCUGUCGUUGACUAUAUGAAGAGGGAUACAGCAACGUCGACCGAUGAGAAAAUCUUCACAUCGGCUGAAUAUUCCAUCGACCAAUGCUUAUGCAAGAUGGUCCAUCGCUUCCCACCGGAACUGUGACGACUCGGAGGACGACAGAAGCCAAUGUUGCGCAGGAAGGGACCGUUUGACCGCAAAUCCUGCAGUAGGC